GUUCAGAUUUUGGUACACAAUGGCUGUUUGCGUAGCGGUUAUCGGGAAAGAUAAUUCCCCGCUUUACAUCGGUGGGAUUGGUAAUGAUACGAGUACAGAUAAUGAACUGUCGCGCCAAUGGUUGGUACACACUGCUCUGGAUGCUCUAGAGGAAAGAUUGGCCACGACGAAUGCCAAUAAUGCUACUGCUAGUGCUAAUGCAGCCCGAACAGAUUUACGUGACCUCUAUCUUGGACUACUUUAUUCUACAGAUACACAUAAAAUUUACGGCUAUGUUACAAAUACAAAAAUAAAACUUGUACUUGUAACAAGUUCUACUUCGCCCAGCGGUAGCAAUAUAAGAGACGCUGAAGUUAGAACUGCUUUACGUAGACUUCAUGCGCUCUACGCUGAUGCGAUCUGUAAUCCAUUCCAUUUGCCUGGCGAUCAAAUCAUAUCUCAGAAAUUCGACAAGCAAGUAAAGAGCUUAAUGUUAAAUAACGUCUAAAACUGAAAGAAGUGCUAGAUGUGAGAAGAAGCGUGAAGAUGAGCUCAGUUUCUAUUCUCUUUGAUUUAUAUUAUUUAAGAAAUUAAAUAUUAGGUUAUAUUUAAUCUUGUAUAUGUAGCAUAUAAUUUGUUGUAAUCGUUAUUUCAUUAAAUGCUUAGUAAAUAAAACAAUAUUGAGAUAAA